AUUGUCGAUGAUCAUUCUCUUCCUUUCACUAUGUUGAAGCCUCCUCCGGAGGAAGAGGAUCUGGCAACAGUUAGGACCGUUCUGGCUUGGGUCGUCGACGUUCCCGAAUCUCGUCAGAUCACGACCUUGCUCAAGUAUUGUUGCAGGUGGCUCAAGAACUCUGGAUUGGAAGACGCUAGUCUUGGACAUCUCAAAAGAAUUCGAAAACAGGAUGGCAAGACGACGCUACUGCUGACCGUUGAUUCAACGCCUCCCGAAUUGCCUGUCGAACUUGAACUUGCCUCCCCGUUCCAAAUCCCUGUGCCAUCAUCGGCCGCCUUGACCCUUACUUCUCUCAGUCUGAAAGCUACCUUCUGGCCUACUUUUUAUGCUCCAAAACGAAAAGGAGAAGUGGAACACUGGUCGCGGGGCAAGGUUGAAUGGGCUAGAGAGGCAAUGAAGGUUGUUGAAACAGAAGCUCUCAAAUCCCAAUCUGAAAACGAGCUUCCGAUAUCCGCUUUCAUGCCUGCAUCAUACGGUGGCGGGGAAAAUGAAAAAGUUGCAGUUGCCUGUGACACUCGAAACUCAAAUUCACAUCCUCUACGGCAUGCUGUACUCAAUCUCAUCCGACGAGUGGCAGAUUUGGAAGCGGAUAACAGACUAUCAUCUGAGAAUGGUUCCAACUAUCUUCUGACUGGGAGAUCGGUGUUCUUAAGCCACGAGCCAUGCAUCAUGUGUAGUAUGGCACUCCUACAUUCACGCGUCAAACAAAUUUUCUAUCUCAACCCAAUGAGAAGAACUGGUGGUUGUGGAGGUGUUACAUGUCUGCCAACUCUCCAGGGCGUUAAUCAUCGAUUUGAAGUAUUUGUUUGGAAAGAAGUCGUAUCUAAACUAAUAAUAAAUGAGGCGCUGGAUGCAUAA